GUUGGGGCACAGAAUGGAGGGAUUGUACGACCCCAUGAAACGCAUUCGUUGCGCUUACUUAAUCCGGACCACGUGGGCUUCAUGCAUCGAUCAAUCGUUUUCGGCUUUGCCCACAUACCCAACUACUCACAAUGGUAAUCUUGGAUCGAAAGCUCUGGGGUGCUCACGUAUUAAGACGUUCUCAACAAUUGGAGUUUCCGCGAAGGAUCUGAGUAUAAGUGGGCAUGCACCGGUUCCUCGCCCGAAUUUUCCUCUCCCUGCUCUCCGUGUGCAUUGAUUGCCACCUGCACGUUGCAGCGUCAUCUGCGGCACAGCAGCGUUCGGCUAGAUACACGCAAAGAUGCUCACCGCAUGUACAGCAACCUUUGGACGCAUGUCCGAUUGCUCGCUUGCAUCCAAGCACAAACCCAAUGGCCUUUGGCGCUCCUGGUUCCGUGUCACUUCCGAGACCCCUAAUUACACAUCGCACGAGGUACAACGCCCAAGCAAUGCACAAGGUCUUGGACAACAGGAAGCACUGUCUGCAUACGUGCAGCGGGGCUGUGCUAGAUAUCUACCGUGUACCUGUCAUCACCACGACUAACCGGGAUGGGCCAGCAUAUGCCGGAACGCAGUCUGCAGAUCGAGCCGUGGCCCGACAAAUUCGAGACGAUAUUCUAGAUCAAACUGGUCGAACGCACAGAGCUGUUUGCUUAGGAAUCAGAUGCCCGGCCAUAUCCGAUCUCUAGUCGUCUUCGGCUCAAGACAAUC